UUUGUAUAUAUGGACUGCACAGCUUACGCGACACUUUAGUACGUGAAGAGAAGUGUUAGAUGUUGUUUCGUCUUAUCUGUCAGAAAUAAUCGUUUCGUAAGUCUGCAUAACGUUUGCAAAAAACUCAGUGAAUUUAGUGCCAAUUGGAUUUUGUAAUUUAUCAAGGAAUCACAAGAAAAAUAGCGAUCAGUGACCAAUGGGGAAAGAUUACUAUAAAAUACUAGGCAUAAACAAGUAUGCCUCUGAUGAUGAAAUCAAAAAAGCCUAUAGAAAAUUAGCUUUGAAAUAUCAUCCUGAUAAAAAUAGGAGUGCUGGAGCUGAAGAAAAAUUUAAAGAAAUAGCUGAAGCUUAUGAAGUGCUUUCUGAUGCUAAAAAGAGAGAAAUUUAUGACAAAUUUGGAGAAGAAGGACUGAAGGGAGGAGCUGGAUCAGCAGGAGGAGGCAGUGGUGCUACAACAUACACUUUCCAUGGAGAUCCAAGAGCAACCUUCGCUCAAUUCUUUGGUUCUGCUAGUCCUUUCCAGGCCUUCUUUGAUUUUGGAGGAGGUCCUAUAGGAAAUCGAAUGUUCAGCUUCCAUGAUGACGAUAUGGAUGUAGAUGAUCCACUUGGAUUGGGACCUGGAUCUCAACGUCAAGGUGGCCAAGGUGGAGCUUUCAGAUCACAUUCUUUUAACUAUGUGGGAUCUAACUCUGGCAGAGGAGGCAAUAAAGAUCGUGCUCAAGAUCCUGCUGUUGAACAUGAUUUGUACAUCAGUUUAGAAGAAAUCUUACGUGGUUGUACAAAGAAAAUGAAAAUUUCUAGACGAGUUGUACAAACUGAUGGUUCUACAAAAAGGGAAGAAAAAGUUCUUACAAUUCACGUGAAACCAGGAUGGAAGGCUGGUACUAAGAUCACCUUCCAAAAAGAAGGUGAUCAAGCACAUGGAAAAGUUCCAGCAGAUAUUAUUUUUAUCAUCAGAGACAAACCACAUCCUCUUUUUAGAAGAGAAGGCAGUGAUAUAAGAUACACUUGCAAGCUCAGCUUAAAACAAGCUUUAUGUGGUACUAUCAUGGAAGUUCCUACGCUUACUGGCGAAAAAAUCAAUUUAAAUUUGACACGAGAAAUUGUAAAACCCAAUAUGGUUAGGAGGAUUCAGGGACAUGGUUUACCAUUCCCAAAAGAAUCAUCGAGGAAAGGUGAUCUUCUGGUUUCGUUUGAUAUCAAAUUCCCCGAAACACUAUCGCAAAGUGCAAAGGACAUAUUAUACGAUACCUUGCCGAAUUGAACACGAAAAAUUGGAACAAAAAACAUGGAUAAUUGUCAUCACAACGACAGUCCUCUAAUCGUUCCAAUAGACGAGACUAAACACUCGUGUACGUUCUAGUACAUAAAGCGUGAUUAGAGAGCUGUGACAAAUAUUUGUUGAAGCGAUGCAAAUAAUAAUUUUACCUUAUAGCUAGGAAAAUGUGAUUUUUCCAUUAGUCAAAUAUAAAAGAAAUCAGAUUUUUGAUUUGGGUUUAGACAAAUUUAUGUUCGUUAGAAUUCUUAACGAAAAAACGAAUGAUUCAGUUGCUUUGGUAGUGAAACGUAUUUUGUCUUUACAUGCGGGAAGAUCCUAAACAGUGACAAAGAUCGAAUAUAUUUACAUUAAGUUAUAUGAUUUAACAGUGAGAGUCUGUUAAAGUGCGCAACUCCGGUCGUAUGAAUGUGAUCUACUUAAUUUUGUUCAUUCUGUACAUUCAGAGUAUGUAUUAUGUAUACAGUAUGAGCGAAUGUGCGUACACUUGUGUAUCUAUGUAUAGUGUGUAAGUAUUCUUUAGUAUAAAUGCGUAUAGCGCGACUGAUAUGUACGAAUGGCAAAUCUGCGGAAAUGUGACAAAAUGAGCCAUCAUCGCUGUAUCUAAAUCGUUACAUUAUUUUGUUUUAUGUCAUUAUUCAUAUCAUGUAUCAUCAUUCGACUCGUUUUCAUUUUCAAUAAAUUA